AUGAGGACCCAUGGACUGAGUAAGGCCAAGGUUUUAAAUAGCACCACACUGAUCGGCGGCGGACAGUAUACCCUUGGUUUUCAUGUGCAAAUGGCAAAAAUUAAAAUUGAAAGUGAAUACAAGGUAAAGGGCCAUGUUCUGCUGCUCAAUCUGAACAGCGUGGGCAACAUGAGCGCUGAGUUGGAGAAUCUGGAGUACUUUGUGGCGCUGAAAACAAAACCUCAGCGAGUGGACGGGGUCACCUUCCUAAAUGUAAGCGCUGUCCAAACCGACAUCGCUCGCAUCGACAAGAUUCGCGUGCAGUUCUCCAAUCUUUUCGGUGGCAAUGAGGAGCUUGAGCGCAGUGCCAACGAACUGUUCAAUGACAACUGGCGGGUAUUAUUCGACUUACUGCGUCCGGUUCUAACGCAAACCUAUGAUGCAGUACUGCUGAAUCGAUUCAGCAAGAUUUUUGCAUACGUACCGGCCAAGCUAUUAUUUGAGGACUUGUAG